AUGUGGCCAUGCACCGUAGAAAACUUCAGUUUCAUCCCUUUCACCUUCUGUUGCUUCAAAAUCACAGGUACUGGAAAUACACCGGACACGACAGGUACCGGUCCGGCGGAUUCACCGCCGGCAGCCGCCUCCGCACCGGCAGCAGCACCGACACCAGAAGCAGCACCAACAACACCAGGUCCGAAGGCUCCAGAGGUAACUAAUAAUGAGCAGAUACCUCCUACAGGGGCAUCCGGGUCCGGACGCGACAGCACAGCAUCGAAUCCAGAUGCACUGGGCACUGGUGCUGGUGUACAACCCGAAGACCCCGACAACAAGAAUACCAUCGUCGAUGGCACCAACGAUGACCCCCCUCCUCUCAAUCCACCCAAACCAAAACCGAACACGAACCCAAAUCAAUCGGGUAGUAGUGGCAGUUUCAGUGAUGCGGAUUUGGCGGAUGGAGUUUCUGGUGGGAAAGGCAAAGGCGGAGGUGCUCCUACCCAAGGCAGUGGAGGAGGUCAAUCCUCUGGUAAUGGUUCCACUGGUCACCAAACCCCAGGUUCUUCAGGGCCGGGUGCUACUGGUACUGCUUCCACGGAGCCCGAAAAACCAGGUUCCUCUGGUAGUGGUUCUACUGGUCACCAAAAGCCUGGCUCCUCAUUCACUGAAGAGUAA